CUCAAUCUCACACGAAACUAGAUUCGACUUGAAAUGAUCACUUUUAACAUCACUUACCAAGACAAUUGGUGGAAUGAGUUGGAAUCCUACAAGGAGCAUCAAUUUACUAAAAAGUUCAGAUACAUCAUACUGACAACUGCCAACUAGUAAGAAACCUAAGUACACGUGUUCCUGUAGACUAACUUCAAAAAUACAUAAUAAUGCUGAAUCCCUUAGAUAACGUAAUGCCUAGUAUAUUGGUCUAUAAAAUGCGAUCACUCUUAAAGAGCGUAAACAAUGGGACAUUAAUAACUAAUAACUAAUGUGAACAUUUAAAAAAAGGCAACUUUAAUUAGCUAAUAUUGUGAGAAUUGUUGGGUUCUAUGAUUAACAUCGGUGGAUGAUCUUAGUCAGGUUAUCGUUGAGAACUAGGAAACCCUGAACAGUUGUUACUUCCUGGUAGAUAAAUCAUCAGCUUUGCUCAUUCAUGACCCCACUGAGGAUUGAAGCCAGAAAUUUCAGGUUUCGUGUCUAUAAUGAGAUGGUUUUCUAAAAAUCCUGGUUCACAACGCGCUUUAGUGGAGAAUAAGUUGAAAGUGAAGAAAAAGCCUUUGCUAUGGUCGCUAUUAUGCACAACGAAGCGGUCAAGCUUAACUUUUAAGCGUCCCUCUCGAGAAAAUAUAGAUACUCAAAAGUCAAGGUGGGUUCAGCAACGUCGAAAGUCAAGAAUAUCUAAUAACUUUGACACUAAUCUUUUGUUGUCUCUUGAAUCUUUGUCAAGUGAAUCGGGUAAUUAUAUGGAAACCUUUAAACGGGAUCAUUUAAUUGUUUCUAAUUUAAAACAAUGUUCUAAUGAAUUACCUAUAGCUUAUUGCCCAAAUUGUCACACAAAUGUAGUUCCAGUGUAUGAAAAGGUUAUUUAUUCAGAUCAUGCGAUUAUGGAUAAUAAGGUUUCAGGAAAUGAAAUGGUUGAAAUACCUAACGAACAUACUGUCUACGAGUCUGUCUAUAAAAAUAGUCUACUUUCUAUUGAUACUAAUAUGGAUUGUGAAUUAAUUGAGUGCAAAGAAUUUCAACCAGUUGACAAGUUACAAUUACCUUUGUAUUUCAUACCGAUAGAACCGUUAGCUUUCAGUACUAUUGAUCGCAAAGCUAUUGUCUUCGAUGACUGUAAAACAGUAUACGACGAAGUUGCUUCUGACAAUGAAGAAGACUCAUCUUCAGGGCACUAUGAUUCAUUACACUUUGUAAUGAUGAAACAAAACACCAGACCUUAUCGUAAGCGUAGCGCUUAUCCUGAAUCGGACUCAUAUCAACAAAUGAAACGGAUGAGACGAGAGGUGUUCAUUUGUGAGGAAUAAAUGUAAUCUGAUUGUCAAAUUAAAACCCCAUGUUUUAUAAUAAUUGGUUGCAGCAUUUAUGUUUAAAAACACCUUAAGCAUUUUCUAACUUUCCUCGUCAAAAAUCACUAAGUUUUUGUUAUUUUGGUGUUUGUUAUUAUUUUUAUAUGGUUGGCAGUGUUUCUUAAGUAGUAAUAACAUUCCGGUUUUAUAUACU